CCGACCGAGUCACUGCACCCUCCUCAGCUGCCUCGGUGCGCGGGCUCCGGCGCCGGCGCCUUGGGGCGGGUCCCCGCCGCCCGCACCUGCCCCCAUGGGCGGAGCGCAGCGGCGACAACGCGGCCCCAGCCUCCGCCGCCGGCCGCGCUAGCCGCGCGGCUCUCCAACCUCCCCCGCCUCCAUCCCGGUGCACCUCCCUCCCUCUCCACGCGGUCUGUCCGUCUGUCCCUCCCAAAGCCCCUCGGAGCUGCGGCGCCUCGCACUUCGGACUCGUCGCCUCCUCCAGGAUCCGCAGCCCGGCGCCAUGGAGCCGGCCUUGGGCAGUGAGCGCCGCAGUCCCCCUGGCUCCGCCGUCCAGCCGCCGCCCCGGGGACACACGCCCUUGGCGGCUGCCCCCAGCCCGGGCCCGCUGGGCACCCCGGCGCGCGAGCCGCCGCAGCCCGAGGAGGAGCGGCAGCCGCGGAUCAGCGAGAGCGGCCAGUUCAGUGACGGGCUGGAGGAUCGAGGCUUACUAGAAAGCAGCACCCGGCUGAAACCCCACGAAGCCCAGAACUACCGGAAGAAGGCACUGUGGGUCUCCUGGUUCUCCAUUAUCGUCACGCUGGCCCUCGCUGUGGCCGCCUUCACUGUCUCCGUUAUGAGGUACAGCGCCUCUGCUUUUGGGUUUGCAUUCGACGCCAUCCUCGACGUCCUGUCGUCGGCGAUCGUCCUGUGGCGGUACAGCAACGCGGCCGCUGUACACUCUGCCCAUAGGGAGUACAUACCCAUAGGACUGUUAAGAGAAAGUUGCACCUGUCUUGAUGAUGGUACAUCAGUUUCCUGGCUCACUGCGCUGAGGAAGCCGUCCAUACAGGAAAUGAAAGCCUGUGUCAUCUUAGGGGUGAUAUUCCUUCUGUCAUCCAUAUGUAUAGUGGUCAAAGCCAUCCAUGACCUUUCAACGAAGCUGCUCCCGGAAGUGGACGACUUCCUGUUCAGUGUCUCCAUUUUAAGCGGGAUCCUUUGCAGCAUCCUGGCCGUGCUGAAGUUUAUGCUGGGGAAGGUUCUCACCAGCAGAGCGCUCAUAACAGAUGGCUUUAACUCCCUCGUGGGCGGCGUGAUGGGCUUCUCCAUUCUCCUGAGCGCGGAGGUGUUCAAGCACAACGCCAAGGUCUGGUACCUGGACGGCAGCAUUGGGGUGCUGAUCGGCCUCACCAUAUUUGCCUACGGGGUCAAACUCCUCAUCGACAUGGUGCCGAGGGUGAGGCAGACGCGGCACUACGAGAUGUUCGAGUAAAGGCGGACGCUGUGCGGGAAGACGGUCACGCGCCGUGGCGGCGUCCACGCAGGCAGAUGGUGCCACUGUGGAACAACACAUCGUUUCUGUUUUGGAAGUCUUCUCUCAUCCGGUUUGUCAUCACGGGUCACGAUCUGCCCCUCACUCCGCUGCCCCAUCAGACACACCCCUAGGAAGGGACGCACUUCCUGCACCGCAGCCAGCAGCGGCCGAGCCUGGUUUCUGGAGUCAGGUGGUUCUCGUGGGUAAGAUCGGAUGUGUCUCUGGCCACCAGAAAGGUCUCCCGUGGUGCUCUCGCCUGACGUGGAUGGGUGCGGCCCGGGCCCACCGCCUCGGGGCCGGCUGUGGCCCCAGGCACACCAGGGUCCCGCAGGCUCUGCAAUGUGGCAGGCGUGAGGGGAAGAUGUCCCCUUGUGUCUCUCCCAGCCCAGAACCAUCCGUAUGUCACUCCCUCCUUUCUAUCAACACAUUGCAUUAGUUUCAUACUGUUUUACUAAUCCUCAGUCUAAACCGACGGUUUGUUCCAAAGGAGACCGUUCUGUUUUUUAAAGUACGUAGUGAUCCACGUAUGAGCUUUGCAUGGACGCGCUAAAUAAGCACACGACCCUGAACAUCCCUGUAUAAACAGGCCCCAUUUCGGAGAGAUGUGAAAGUACAGUUUAUUUGUAAUAAAUGACAUAGUCUAUCUGUA